AUGAGUUGCAAACGAGAUACCAUGGCUGAUAUAAUGGUACAUUCGGCUGAUAACUCGCCUCGGCGUGAGGUGUAUCGAUGUGGGAUGCUCUCACCAGUACUUGGUCCACGUAGUAGUUUUCGUAUGAAUAGCGAACUCAAGCACAGCCGUAGUGAUGAUCUAAUAUUACAAGGUGCUCCUUAUACUCCACCUGAUAUGCAGCAUGGUAUAAGUGAUGCUGCAUUUCAAAUUCAAAAAGAUGCUUGUGUGGUGUAUGAUGAUGAAGUUAAUGAUCACAGAAUAUCUGUGGCUUGCUAUGAAUCACCUAUCGUUGCUCCAGAGUCAAAUCCAACGCCGCUAUUGAAGCUCACUGGAGAUUUUUCAUCAGAGGGUGCUAAUAAAAGAUGUAGUGUAAUUGAUCGGAUAGACCCAGAAGAUAGCAUUGGUGACAUCAUAUCUCAAAAUGACUUUUACAGAUUUGUGUUGUUCAAACGUCACUACGAAAAGUAUCUGGACAUAUCGCGGAAAUAUGAAGAAGCUCGAAGCUUGGCAUACUAUUUGGAAGAAAAAUAUCAUGAAAUCAAGGCAGAACGUGACAGUCUGAUUGACACGCACCAUGAGCUAGAAAAACAGCUGGUGACCCGGGACCUGGAACUGCACGAAAAGGAAGAAGAACUAUUUUUGCAGCUAGAAAAGGUGAUCCGGCUGGAAGAGGAUUGUGAGAAAUUGCGCACUGAAAAAGACAAGAUGGUCAAGUGGAAGGAUCGUCUGGAGCGCGAGAAAAACGAAGCGUACAGGCAGCUGCGGCUCCAGGCUGAAUCGUCGGAAAUUACUAGGCGCAACUUGGAAAAAGCUCGUUUGGACGCGUACAGACAGUUUUCGGAGAUCGCAGCCGAAAAGGAUACCCUCGAAAAAGAGAACUCUAGGCUUAAAGAAGUGUUGGAGGAUCUCGGGAGGAAAGCCGAUUUGUACCACACCAAUAGCAGACAGGCAAGUAAAAAGGCCAAGCGCGUAUCUGGUCUGGAACGCGAAGUAAACGAACUGAAGUUGAUGGCCAAACAGUCAGCCACUCUAAACAGUCAGCUGCAGAAAGGUAUGAAACACUUGGCCACGUGCAGGCGCAAGAAGUGUUCCGUUUGUUCAUACACAAGAGCCACGUUUGGAGAGUACACGUCUAGUAGACAUGGGGAAAAAACUUCGAGGUUCAUCGGAGGUUGUUUCCCGCUCGAAGAGUUUCGCCGUUCCUCCGAUCGGAUGUCCACGUCUGACCUCGAACAUGAGUGUGCGAAACUCGCCGAACGUCUGUCGGCGUGCUCGUUCCCACACACGCCACCGUCGACACCCGAACGGUCCGUGGCCAGUGGAUCGCUGUCCCGGUUUGUAUCGUACAUUGACGACGCGUUCUCUUCGGCCAGCGACGACGAAGACGUCUGCGGCGAGAUAGGCGGCCGACCAGCCAAGUGCACCGGAAGCGGAAGCCGCCGUCAGUUCUCUUCCGAUUCAGGUAUCUCUUCGUCUUCGGCCACACCAACCGACCCGAACAAGUUAACUCCGGCAUGUGGUGGUGGCGGUCAUCGCCCUUCGUCGACCACGUCAUUCAACCGUUCCGCCAAGUGGACUUCAUCGUUCAGGAAGCUCAUCAGACGCGUGUCUUCCAAGAAGCACGUCGACGAGUCUCAGUAA